GUGAGGGGGUGCGCGGGGUGGCGGCUGCUGGCCGUGAGGCGUUAACCGUCAUCUUCCGCCUCCUCAGGCGCUGUUGGAGCAUGGCGGCGGCCUAGUCUUGCUCGUUAUGUCCUGGGCGUCCCCGCCUGGCUUUUUCUGUGGGAAACUGCCCCCUUCGUCCCCGGCCUAAAGCCGAUAGUGGUGUCAUGAGUCCCCUCACCGCUCGCGGGGGGAGGUUUCUGCCCUUUCCCUCGCCGCCCUCAAGGAAGUAUUCAACAUCAGUUAAAAUGUCUUCUACCAAACUUCCAAAUGAAAAUGAAACACCCAAAGAGAGAAAACCAGGACUGAGGAGUGUUCAAACAACUAUGCUCUUCCGAGCUGUGAACCCAGAGCUUUUCAUUAAACCUAACAAACCUGUGAUGGCAUUUGGUCUCAUGGCAAUUACCCUCUGUGUGGCCUACCUUGGUUAUCUGCAUGCAACAGUAGAGAAUAAAAAGGACCUUUAUGAAGCCAUCGACAGUGAGGGGUCCAGGUAUAUGAGGAGGAAAACUUCCAAGUGGGACUGAGAACAUAAGGAAGGAAAUCAGCAAAUCAGUCACAGAACUUUUCAAGGCAACUACAAUUUUUUGCUUGUCCAUUAUAAUAAUGGAUAAACGUCUGUUGCUAUUUAAUCCAAUUUAAGUUCCUUUAUAAAAUGCUGUGCCUGUACAAAUAAAUUGCUAUUAAGAUACAUACAAACAUUAAAGUGAUUUUAAGAAUUGUUGUCUGCAAUCUCCACAGAGAAGACAUGCAUGUCAGAAGACAUGCAGUUAACUCGGAUGUGCAGUCAAGACUUCUAAAUGCCUUAGAAAUCUACAUGAUAGUGAAAACAGGGGUUUGUCUUUUAUUUUUUAAACAGAAGGCAUAAUGUAUUGUGCAUGAAAAGAAAAAGUUGAUCUCUUGAUCUGUUGAAAGUUGAUAAUUGAGUGAUGCAAGUAAAAUAAUUUUAAGGCAAGAAAGAUCUGAUAAAGCAGUCAUUGAAGGGUUCUAUUUAAUAAAGGAAUUUGUAAAAUACUGGUCAAAA